GCUCUCAUUUUCACUGACGUUUUUCAAGAUCUCAGCGCCCCGGAAGCGUGGGCUACGGGGUCACUCACCCAAGGUUGACUUUAGAGGCUGGCAACAGCGGCUGACAAUGGCAGUCAGUUCUGGAAUCACACUGACCCAGUGCAUUCCCAUCGCGUGCUUAUAUCGCCUUUCAACCGCCGUCCACACUUCCUUCUUCAAGACCCUGCCUCGACCAAUCAUGUUCACGGUCAACAUCCACUACCGUGCCGGCGGCUCCAAGAGUGCGUACCUCAGACGUCCCACUCCCCAGGACCGCGACUACCGAGACAAGUUCCUCCGGCGGGACCUCUGGUACAUGCGGCUGCCCGAGCCGCAUGCUAUGACAGUGGAGAGCAGGCAGGACGGUUGGCUGGUGUGCAGUUACAGGGCGGAUAUACCGGAUCUAUACGAGACCGUGCGUUCACGCGUCGAGUUCAUUUUGAAGCCCGAGGCUGCGAGGCUGUUGGAGCUCCUCGAGAUAGCCCACGUCGAAGUUACACCUCCCGUACAUGCGACGCCGCCGCCGUUUCAACCGUCCAACAUGAUAGGCGACGUCAAACCAACUCCUAGCAUACAUGACGUCCUCCCUGCACCACCGCUGCCCGAGACGGAGACGGUGCUCCGCCUCCGUCAUUUGCUUACGGUCCGCCAAGCCAGCGAGAACGUGCGCCAAAAAGAGAAAGAAGCCCUGCGCACGGAAUGCGCUGAGUUGUGGUGCGAUGAGCAUCUAGCGAAUGAAGAAAAUGUUCGUCUGCGCCGCAUCUUGAGGAAGGAUGACGUUGCUCGAGGGCAAGUCGCGCAACAAUGGGCGGCUUUCGUGCGGACGACCGAGGAGCUAUGUGCCUAGCUCGCGGACCAUGUUGUGGACCGCGCCUGCGGUCAUCCUAUUCGCUUAUCCUUUGGAAGAAUACCAGAUGACAUCGUAAACAAUCUGCUUCAUUUUGUGGGCGCGUGUGUGGCGGUCCGCGCGAGACAAGAUC